UGCGCGUUGACGUCUUAGAAAUGAUGGGACAGUCCGGUUAUUCCGCUCACCGGGAGAUGGAGCGUGUAAAGAAAGCCUUCCUCUGUAACCGAAAAGAUUUUCUGCCCAAUUUCUGCUCAUGGAUUUGGUUCAUUUUACUCCUCAACGCGUCCACCGUAGUUGCUGAUCGUGUCCGACAGUGUAAAGAGGGGGACUUUUACUACCAGUACACAGAAUGUGACAGCACAGGAUCCAGAUGGAGGGUGGCCAUUCCUCUAAGCCCCAAACAGUGUACAGGAUUACCAGAUCCUGUCCAGGGCACAGACUGCACGUUCUCAUGUGGGGCCGGGGAGUUUCUAGAAAUGUCUGCUCAGGAGUGCACACAGUGUGCUGCCGGCACUUACUCUCUGGGCAGUGGCCUACGCUUCGAUGAGUGGGACGACAUCCCUCCUGGAUUCAGCACAUUGGCCACAAACCCUGAUAACUCACACAGUGGACAAAAUUCAUCCACCUGCAGCAGCGCAAAGUGGCUUUCACAGGGUUCGUAUCUAGAGUCCCACAGGGAUGAGUGUGUCGUGUCUCUGAUCUACACUGUGCAUUUAAAGAAACCCGGAUCUGUGACAUUCGACUACCAGUAUGUGGACAACAGCAUCUUCUUUGAGUUCUUUGUUCAGAAUGACCAGUGUCAAGAGAUGGACCAGGAUUCAAAUAAAAAAUGGAUCAAAUUGACCAGUCACGGAGAGUGGGGAACACAUACUUUCAGUUUGAAUUCCGGCAAUAAUAUCCUUUACUGGAGGACCAUAAGAAUCACACUCGGGGCUAAAGCAGUCAAACCUGUGCUUCUGAAAGACAUAAGACUUGAAGGCGUUGCGUACACAUCCGAGUGUUUCCCGUGUAAGCCUGGGACUUUUAGUCGCACCCCAGGCUCCUCCUCCUGUGAGCCCUGUCCCCGGGACACCUUCUCUGGCCGAGGGGCCAGCUCCUGUACUCCAUGCAAUACAAAAACACACUACGCCUCUGAAGGUUCUUCGAUGUGCAGAAGCAGACCUCCAUGCUCAGAAAAAGACUACAUCCAGACCUACAGCACCUGCGACAAGGAGAGCAAGACUCAGGUCAUAUAUAAAUGGAUAGAGCCUCAGGUUUGUUUGAAAGAUGCUCCGGGUGCAGCAACACUGCCACCUUCUGGUCAACUGGAGCCAUGUCCUCCUUGUAAUCCUGGUUUCUAUAACAACAACACAGCCACCUGUUCUCCCUGUCCACCUGGAACCUAUUCUGAUGGGGUUAAAGCUUGCCAACCUUGCCCGGCUGGCACAGAGCCUGUCCUAGGCUAUGAAUAUAAGUGGUGGAACGUGCUGCCUGCCAACAUGAAGACAUCCUGCUUCAACGUGGCCAACAGCAAAUGUGAUGGCUUGAAUGGUUGGGAGGUAGCAGGAGAUCACAUUCAUUCUGGAACAGGACGUUUAGAUAACGAUUAUCUCAUCUUAACCCUCAGAGUGCCUGGAUUCAAAUCGCCCAUGUCAGCACAAGGGACGUCUGGCAGUGAGUACGGCCGCAUCAGUUUUGAGUUUGAAAGCAAUUGCUCGGCAGACUGUGAGUUUUACUUCAUGAUGGAUGUGAACAGACGGAGCACAAAUGUGGUUGAAUCGUGGGAAGGGAGUGCAACGAAACAGAGCUACUUGCACAUCAUGACUGAAAACUCAAGCAUCGCCUUCACCUGGGCUUUUCAGCGGACGAGCCAAGCUAAUGAUGUACGUCAGUAUGCGAAUGACAUGGUGAAGAUUUACUCAAUAUCGGUCACUAAUGCCAUAGACGGGGUGGCAUCGGGGUGCAGGGCAUGUGCCCUGAGGUCACAGCAGCCCGGUUCUUCCUGUGUGCCGUGCCCAGCUGGGCAUUACAUCGAUAAAGAGACAAACCAGUGUCUAGAGUGCCCUCCAAACACCGUCCUGUCUGGGCAUCACAUCUAUGGCAAAGACGCUUGCCAACCAUGUGGGCCAGGCAGCAAAACCAACAAGGAGCACAGCGUGUGUUUUAGCGACUGUUUGUUCACACACACGGAGCGGAAUCGGACUCUUCAGUUUGACUUCAACGCUCUGGUUUCCGCGGGGUCCAUUAUGAACGGACCGAGCUUCACUGCUAAAGGCACAAAGUAUUAUCACCUCUUUAACGUCAGUCUGUGUGGAGGGGAGGGUCGCAAGUCAGCGGUUUGCAGAGAUAACGUUACAGACCUUCCCAACGACGAUGCUGAAGGUGCUCAGCUGGGCAGUUCAGUGCAGGCCUUCAUCUGUCAAUCAACAAUUAUACCUUCUGACGGGCGGGGCUUAAGAACAGCCCUUUCUUCUCAGUCCAUGAGCCUUGCGGACACAUUUCAGGGAGCCACAGUGGAGAAAUCACUCAACGGAAUAACCGUCAGACCGGAACUUUUCCCAUCUCCGUCCAGGAAAAUCUCAGAUGUGCACUUUUUCUACAGUUCUACACAGGUCACAACCUCUUGUCCGAGAGGCAGAAAUGCAGUGGUGUCACUGCGCUGUAAUCUGGAGAAAACGGCAAGGGGAGACAUAUCCGUGCCGAGUGAAUGUCCAGCGGGGACGUGUGACGGCUGCACAUUCUACUUCCUGUGGGAGAGCUCCAGUGCAUGUCCACGCUGCACCGGUGCAGAUUAUCACUUAAUAGAAGGAGCCUGCAAGGCAGGAGUUCAGGACACUUUAUAUGUGUGGACUGAACCUCGCCUGUGUACUGGAGGACUGACUUUACCCCCGAAGAAAACAUCUCCAUGUGAAUCAAUAGACUUUUGGCUGAAGGUUGGAGUUGGAAUUGGAGCUUUAUGUGCCGUUCUGCUAGUCUCCCUGACCUGCUACAUCUGGAAGAAGAACAAGAAGCUGGAGUAUAAAUAUUCGAAGCUGGUGAUGUCAGCCAAUAAGGAGUGCGAGUUACCAGCGGCAGACAGCUGUGCCAUCAUGGAAGGAGAGGGAGAGGAGAAUGAGGAAGAGGAGCUGGUUUUUGCAAACAGAUUAUCUCUUCUGGACAAACUGAAGGCUAUUACUACCAAGGGCAACAAGAAGAGCGGAGAAGCUGUCCAACUCUGCCAUACAGAGAAGUCUGUGUGGGGAUAGAAGAAGAGGAAACGGGACGUAAUCACAUACAGCGGCCUUAAAGACAUGCCCGUGAAGUUCUGGCGUGAAACCCGCCCUCAGGAACUGGAGAAACACUCUUGUGUGUCACCAUGUAUUUUUCUGUACGUAACCACGUGUGUCUCUUCACAGUUGGUUUAUUUUGUCGUUUCUUGUAUUUUUGUUGUAAAUGCAUGAACAUUCCCUCCCUCCGUGUUCCUCAGUAAGCUUUUUGGAGCGACAACCACAACUUUACAGGAUUCCUCCCUGUCAGAGCAAAUAUAGCCGAGGGUCACGGGAAACGCACAAAUACAACCAGACAUUAAGCUUUACUGACAGACGCUUCCAAUCCCGGGUAAACAACGCAGCAGAAAUAAACAUGUUUUAUUUGUUUGGCUCAGGUAGCCGUUGUCAUUGCGGGACGGUGACAUUUCAAAUGGAGUACGACAUUUGAAAUGAAUGAAUAAAGAGAUUACGGAGAGGCAGAAGGCAUUCCACGGGAGCUAUUUUUGUGAUUUGUGACACACCUCUGUGUCAUUGUGACUAGGGAACAAUAUAAAAACAAACACACGGGAGAUUAGAGGGAAGGAAAUUCAUACAGAACAGCAGCUGCACUUGAAAGUAAUGAAAUAUUUGCUGGAUUUGUCACCUAAUUAAGAAACUUAAUGAAGUGAUUGGAUCGGGGGGAGACGGGGGGUUGAUUCAUCAAAUUUUAAGACCACGUGCGGUCUUGUGAGCAAAGACGGGCACAUUAAUUCUCGUUUGAGGUCAAACCCAUCAUUCAUUUUUUAGAUGUUGCCAAAAUUAUCAUUUAUUUUGUGAUUUCUUGUGUGUGUGUUUGUAACUGAAACAUGUUCAGAUGUGUGUCCCGAAACUUUUUGAUUUUGAUACAACAUAUAAUAAAGGAUUGUUUGCACUCUC